AUGGCCCCAAAUAUCCUCAUCACCGGUGCCGCCGGCUACAUUGGAGGUUCUGUUCUCGCCGAUCUUCUUUCUUCGAGCAGCAAUGCGAUUAGGGAAGCAAAUUUGAUCGCUGUAGUUCGGACAAAAGAGCAGUCCCAAAGCGUGUCCGAGUUGGGCGUCAAUGUGAUUCAGCUCGAUCUCAGCGAUGAUCCAGGUGUGAGGGAGGCUGUGCUCGAACACAAGAUUGACAUUAUUAUUCAUACAGCAAGUUCUAUGGUACCCCAAUUGGCAUCUAGCCUUAUCCAAGCACUUGGUGAGCGUCGCCGAGUGAGUGGUACUGAUGCCUAUUUCAUCCAUACAUCGGUAACAUCGCUGUUUUCGAAAGAGGCGGGUUGGCCGUACGGCGAGAUUAGAGACAACGAUCCGAUAUUGGGAAAGCAAAAGGCGAUAGAACAGCCAAGCCCGGUUACCCUGACCGAUAUUAUUGUUGCCGAAGAAGCCAAAAAACAGGACGUGAAGAGCGUGAAUGUGGUGGUACCGUACGUCUAUGGGCGAGGAACUGGCCAAUGGAGGAAGCUAUCUGUGAACAUACCAGGAUUCGUCAGGACCAGCAUUACGCACAAAACCGUCUACAAGUUUGACGUGGAAGGAAAACCACCUGCCGCACACAUUUCGGACUUGGUGGCACUCUACAAUCUACUUCUGGAAAAGUGCCUGCUGAAGGAACCUAUUCCCACCGGGGAACAUGGCUAUUACUUUGCAAUGGCGCAUAGAGCACCUUGGUGGGAAGUCAUGAAUCGUCUUGCCAAAGCGUUAUAUGCACGCGGGCUUGUUUCGGGGCCAGAAGUAUAUACAUGGCCCAGUGAUGCGAUGGCAGCGGAGUAUCUGCAGCUUCCAGAGUUAUAUAUCCGAGCCAUGGGGACGUCCACUGGUGAUCUUGUUCCCGUCAAUGCGUACAAGCUUGGAUGGAAACCCAAGUGGACUUUGGAGAUGUUCUUGGAUAGCAUGGACGAUGAGAUUCAGGCUGUGUUAGACUUGGACAAGGGCUAG